AAGAAGUGAUAUCCGUACCGACAAGAAUGGAAUUUAUUGACCCAGUAGUAGCAGCCGAUGAGUUGACUGCCAAUAGUGAUGGUAAAAUAUCUCAAGAAAACCACAACCAGACUGAAGAAGUUGUCCAUAAAUUAGAAGACGAAAUCAAUAAUGCAUAUACUUUAGUUGAAAAUAAUUUUGCUAAUUUAUGGAGUAAUGCACUGAAAAAUGCAAAUAAUUUACAAGAACGGUAUAAAUUUGAAGAGAGAAAGAAAGAAUUAGUUGAGCAAUUGAAUAAAGCGAAAACUAACUUGGGUAAUAAAGAAAUUGUUCAAGAUAAUAUUAAAAAUAUUGAAACUCAAUUAAAAGAUUUGGGAGAACACGUUAAAAAUUUGGAAACAAAGAUAAACUAUGAAAACUUAAGUACUCAAGCCAACAAUGCUUUAGACUCGCUUGACUCAACGUUAGAACUGGUGGAAAAACAAGCUGGUAAAUACGUUAAUCAAUUUACAUCCUUUUUUUCAUCAAUUGUUUCGAUUGAUUCAAACGACGAAAGCUCCAACUCUAGAAAUAAUUCUGAAACAAUUUUUUCAAAUGAAAAUUAUGGAAGCUCUCGAUUUGAUAAUGAAUUAUUUAAAUUACAUACUAAUGAAGCUUAUUUUACUUCUCCAGAAUCAAAAGAAGAAGAAGAAGAAUUGAAGAAUUUUAAAUCAGAUAAUAAAACAGAAGAAAUUAGUCAGUUAUUAGAAAAAUACCCUAACACCUUGACCAAAUUGAUGAAUGAUUUAGUUCCGGUGAAAGUAUCCUACAAUUUAUUUUGGUACCGUUACUUUAAAAGCGAAGAUGCCUUGAAAAUAAGCGAUCAAAGAAGAAAAGAAUUAUUAGAGAAAGACUCUGACCCAGAAGCUAAAUCCCAAGAUAAAAAAUCAACCUCCAUUUCAACCUCCGACGCAGAAGAAGAAGAAGAGUUUACUUGGGAUGAUGAAGAUGACGAGGAUGAAGCAGUUGAUGUUGCUAAAGAAUCAGCAUCCGACGCCAAAGAAAAAAAAUCUAACUCCGAUGAUAACGAUGAUGAUUGGGAAUAAGUACGCUUAGCUUCACUUUACUAAUAUCUUACUCUAUUUACAUUUUUCGUUUUUUUUUCUUUUGUCAAUGGUUAUGGUUCCGAAAUCAAAUGGUUUGCUAAUACUUUUCACUUCUCUAAUUCUCUUUACCCCUUACUCCAACUCGUAUUGAUGUACAAUGCAAUACAUUUACUCCGAUAUUGAAGUAUCGUCUAAACAAUUAGAGCUUUACGUAAUGUAGUCUUUUGAUGCCAGUUUCAUCCACUUAUUCUCCGGCAACAUCCUGUCCCAGCUCGUAUCAACCCCUCUAUUACCUCCUUGCAAGCAAUUUAUAGGCAAUUCUCCUGGUUAAGAUCAU